AUGCCAAACACUGCACUAAGGGAAAUAUCCAUAAUGAAAGGACUAUCCCACAGAAAUAUUCUUUCAAUACACAGCAUACUGCAUAGUGAGACAGAGCUAAUAAUAGUUCUGUCAUACAUAGAGACUGAUCUAAAAAAGCUGCUGCUCUCAGGGCAGGCAAUAAAUGCAAAGUAUCUUGUGAAACAGUUAGUAGAAGGUGUUGCAUACCUGCACAGUCAACAAAUCAUCCAUCGGGACUUGAAGCCGCAGAAUAUCUUGGUAGACAAGGAUGAGUGCUUGAAGAUAGCAGAUUUCGGGCUUGCCAGGAGUCUUGAAAUAAAAAUGCCAUCGUAUUCAUCUGAGGUGGUGACUCUGUGGUACAGGUCCCCCGAGCUGCUCAAGGGUUCGAAAGUGUACGGGUACUCGAUUGAUAUUUGGAGUGUAGGCUGCAUCAUAAGUGAAAUACUAACAGGAGUAGCACUUUUCUCAGGAAGCGACAAGCCAGAUCAGAUUGUCAGAAUAUCCCGGUAUCUUGAUAUGCAGGCAACCGCCCAGAUGGAGUACUUGCUGAAGCUUCACUCCGCUCACGACCCAAUGUAUGCAGGCCUUAUAUUUGAAUGCUUGAAGGAAGUGCCAGAGAAAAGGAUCACUGCGCAUGAAGCACUAAACUAUUUGAGCCAAAUAGAGUAG